AUCACUGCAAGCUAAUGCCAGUGCGGUGUUUAGGUGUGUAUGCGUGAACGCUGUUUCCUACUAAGUUGUUUCGAGUUACGUGUAUUUUGCCUGGAAGUUAUAGAGGAAUAAGUGAUUUACUGUAAAAGGUAUGUAAUUUUUUUAAUAAACAAUUUAGUGUUUUUGAACUCUUUAAGAUUUGUUAUUUCGUUUAAAGUUUAUUUCAUAAUAAAGUACGUCAUGUCGAGAACAACAUGGCGUGGUUAGCAGUUCUCUAUGUGUACUGUGCUGCUAUCUGUUGACGAUGUAACGAAACACUACGUAUGUGGCUAAGAGUGCGCACUGGGUUUGUGAAUGCGUACUCUUAGCCUCCCACAUUUGUUCCACUGUUAUCAAAAGAAACUUUUCUCUAUGGAAAUGUAUCAUAUUACUUUAAGUGUAGUGAUAACAGCAAUACUAAAUAAUACAUAAAUACUUGUUUCUAUUAACAUUAUUUAUUAUUUUGAUGUGAAUUUACCUUCAUUGUUGCAGAUAUGAUAUCUUUAUGAAUGGCUCCAUACAAGCGAAAAAGUGAGAGGGUUCUGACCACACAGGACAUCUUAGAUGAAGCAAAACGGAAAAUAGAGGCUGGUGACAGUAAAAGGAAAGUGGCCAGAGAUUUGGGAAUUAAGGAAAGCACAUUAAGGAAAAGACUCAAAGCAGGGACGGUUCCGGUAUCACUUGGGCGCUUUAAAAAUGCUUUGUCAGAUGAAAUGGAAAAAGAACUUGCACAGCAUUGUAAAGAUUUGGACAACAGGUUCUACGGCCUUACAAGAAAGCACAUAAUGAAAGUAGCUUUUGAUUUUGCAGAGAAGAAUGGAGUUUCUGAAAGAUUCAACCAAGAAAAAAAGUUGGCAGGAAAAGAUUGGUUAAAAGGGUUUUGCAAACGCCACAAACUUUCUGUUCGUGCGCCAGAAUUAUGCAGUGUUGCAAGAGCGGUGGGUUUCAAUAAAGUUCAAGUUUCAAGAUUUUUUGAAAACUUGAAGCAGUGUCGUCUCGAAAAAAAGUUUCCACCGCACAGGAUCUUCAAUAUGGACGAAACAGGGGUCACUACGGUUCCCAACAAAACACCCAAGAUAAUUAGCCCCAAAGGAAAAAAAAACUGUCUGCAAGGUGUCUAGCGCAGAAAGGGGGCAAACUGUAACUGCUGUAUGCUCCAUUGGCGCUACAGGUUUUUAUGUGCCACCUGCACUAAUUUUUCCCAGAAAAAGAAUGAAUAACAUGCUCUACAAAGAUGCUCCGACAGGAACUUUGCCUCUGAUCAGUGACACAGGAUACAUGACCACAGAUCUUUUUAUUGAAUGGCUCAAACACUUUGCAAUGUAUGUCAAACCAUCACUAGACGAUCCAGUUCUCUUAAUAGCAGAUAACCACUCAACUCACUGUUCUCUCGGUGCAGUUUUAUUUUGCAGGGAAAACCACAUAACAUUUUUAACCCUACCCCCACAUGGUAGUCAUCUUACCCAGCCUCUGGAUAGGGUUGUUUUUGCACCACUGAAGACAGCAUAUGCAACUGAAGCAGAAAAGUGGCUAGUACAAAAUCCAGGAAAGGUGAUAACUCUUUACCAAGUUGCAGGCAUUUUUGGUGCUGCGUACAGUGCCACUG